AUGAAAGUGUACGUUUGCGUUUUGGUUGCCUUGUUGGCUAUGGCAGCUCCCUCACAAGCCCUUUUGGGUGCCAAAUUGGCUUUGUUGAGCAGCUUGAAGAGUAGUUUGGGUGGUGGUGGCGGCAAUGUUGGCGGUGGACUUGGAGGAUUUGGUGGUAAAGCCAACUAUGGUGGUGGUAGUGGAUACGGCGGCGGUUAUGGCGGUGGUUAUGGCGGUGGUUAUGGUGGCGGCUAUGGUGGUAACUACGCCUCCUCUUAUGGCGGCAGCUCCAGUGGUUUCAACUACAACCGCCCUGUAUGGACCGGCAGCAAUUCUAACUCUGGAUGGGGUCAACAAACCUAUGGCGGUGGUUAUGGUGGCAACACUCAAGUCAUUAAAGUAAUUAAGGUCAUCGAACAACCUGCUGUCUAUCCAACAACCUAUGCUAGCAGUUCCGCCUCAGCAUCUGCCUCUUCGUCGGCAUCUUCUUCAGGCUGGACACCUGUUCCUGCCCCAGCUCCUGUUGCAGUACCCUCUCCAGCACCAGUUGCCGUUUCAGUUCCAGCUCCUGCCCCCGUUGUUGUUCCCCAGCCCAAACAAGUUUAUGUUACAGUACAGCAAGCUCAGCCACAACCUAUUGCUCCACCACGCCCAGUUUUUGUAGCUCCACCACCAAAACCUGUUUAUGUGACCGUACCUCAACCCCAACCUCAACAAUAUUUACCUCCUCCACCACCAGUUCAACAACAACAACCCCUACCCCAAUAUCAACAGCCCAUUCAAGUGACAGUACAAAGACCAAUUUCCUACAGCGUUCAAACCCAACCACAACCUCAAUAUCAAACCUCAUAUCAAACCUCAUACCAAGCUGUAGCUCCUCAGGUGCAACAACAACAAAAUGUUAAGACUGUUCAAUUGGUAGUUGAAAAUGCCGCUGAAUCGCAUACACCCGCCCUAACCUAUGGACCACCACCACCUAACGCCAACGCUGGUGCCUGGAAUUCAAAUUCAUGGAGUCAAUCGGUUGGUACCGGACCCUGGAAGAGUGGUAGCAUUUGGGAUAGCCUUGGUUGCUACAUACGCAUUGUUAAAACUGAACAAUUGGUUGUAGAGGAUGCUUCCAGUGAUGUUCAUGUCCCCGCCUUCACCAAUGGACCAUCACAGGUUGACAACAAUUCCGCAGCUUCCAUACGCAUUGUUAAAACUGAACAAUUGGUUGUAGAGGAUGCUUCCAGUGAUGUUCAUGUCCCCGCCUUCAUCAAUGGACCAUCACAGGUUGACAACAAUUCCGCAGCUUCGUAUAGUAAAUCUUGA